CUGGCUGCGGCUUGUUCUCGCUGCGCUGCCGCCACACGUCAAUGUGGUGUUGCGGCCCCAGGGAGAGUGUCCGGAGGCUGCUGGCGAGAGAGGCGAGACUCGGCUAAGCAGCUGCACAGACCAUGAAUUACGUUGGGCAAUUGGCUGGGCAGGUAUUUGUCACGGUGAAGGAACUUUACAAGGGAUUAAAUCCUGCCACUUUGUCCGGCUGCAUCGAUAUCAUUGUUGUCCAACAGCCAGAUGGCAGUCUCCAGUGCUCCCCAUUCCAUGUUCGCUUUGGGAAACUAGGAGUACUCCGAUCCAGAGAAAAAGUGGUGGAUAUAGAAAUCAAUGGAGAACCUGUACAGCUGCAGAUGAAGCUUGGAGACAAUGGGGAGGCCUUCUUUGUUCAGGAGACGACAAAGAAUAAGGUAAAUGUUCCUUUACACCUGGCCACUUCACCUAUAAUCACUUCUGAAGGUGCUGCACUGAUGGAGGCUACAGUGGGGAGAAGCUUGGUUGAUAAGCAGAGAAAUUUAGAAUCUACUGGAACCUCGCAAGCUUCCAUAUCUAUUCAGGUUACACCAUGCUCUUCAGAAAGCCAUUUGAGCAGCAACUCUGCGAAGAAAAGAAGAAAAAGGAGACGCAAAUCAAGAAUGGAUAGUGUAAGAAGAGAUGACGUUGGUGAUACUUCAGAGAAUGAAAACAUGUUUCCUAUUGAAAUCAGCUCUGAAGAAGAGGUGGAAUUCACUGAGACUACAAGGAACUCAACGUAUAUGCACAGUAACCAACAAGUGCAGGCCAGUACUUUUGUUAACAUAACUCAGUCUUCAGUGCAUCCCCAUUCGGACACUGAAUGUUCAUCCAGGCACAGUCAUUCAAGGUUCCGCUCUCCUACACCUAAUAGCGAUUCUGAAUUGGUCAGCAAGCCAUCAGAAAGAGGGAUGCAAAAAAUAAAUACGCAAAUGCACUGGGCUUGGGGAGAACUACCUCAAACUACCAAGCUCAUUCCUCCUCAGAAGGCAGAAGAACUUAACAGGGUAAACAUAACUCCGUCAGGAAACACUCACUUCAGGGCAAUCGACAGUGACCCAUUCGUAAAUUCUCAUGACAGUUCGUCAACUCCCCCGCCACUAGUGAAACCUGAGCCUUUAACAGCCAGUGGAAUGAUGCCUCAGUCUAUGGACAAUUUUACAUGUGGUUCAGAACACUUUGAACCCUCUACAGCAAUUGCUCCAUUGGUUCCAGAAAAUGGGGAGUUGAACAAUACUGGGAAUCAGAACAAGCCAGUCAGUAAAACUGAUUCCCCCUCCAAGAAGAAAGAUAAACGUAGUCGUCACCUGGGUGCAGAUGGUGUCUACCUGGAUGAUAUCACAGAGAUGAAUCCUGAAGUUGCAGCACUUUAUUUUCCAAAAUGUGAAAACAAUGCAGCUGGUCGAAACUGGUCUGAACAUGGAGUGCAUUCAGAGAGUCAGUCACCACAGUCAGUAGGAAGCUCUGGAAUGGACAGUGGUGUUGACGGCUUCUCUGACACUAUUGGGGACGUGCCAACCAUUGCCAUUUCACUCUGUGGUGGGCUAAAUGACUACAAAGAAAUAACAAAUGAACAAUUUAUGGGGCGUUCUAUAUCGUAUCAAGAAUUUGCAGAGAAUCCGGGAAUCAUUGAUGAUCCCAAUCUGGUGGUGAAGAUUGGAAGCAAGUAUUAUAACUGGUCAACAGCUGCUCCUGUGCUUCUAGCUAUGCAGACGUUCCAGAAACCAUUGCCAAAGGCAACAAUGGAAAAACUAAUUAAAGAAAAAAUGCCCAAGAAAGGUAGCAGAUGGUGGUUUUCAUGGCGUGGAAGAAAAACCAGUGUAAAAGUGGAACCAGAAAUUGAAGAGAUCCAAAGUGGGCAGGAUGCAAGAGAGCAGUCUGCACUCCCUGGAAGCAGGUUAAAGGAUGAAUCAUCAUCAAGUGAUGAAGAUGUCAGGAUGAUCAACCAAAACAGUAGUGUGGGCCAGCAAGAUCUUAACCUGCCAUCUUUACCCUGUGUUUCAUACAUGAAGUCCCUUCGACUCACCUCUGACCAGCUUAAAAGUCUCCAACUAAAGGAUGGCCCAAAUGAUGUUGUGUUCAGUGUCACCACACAGUACCAGGGCACAUGUCGUUGUGAAGGAACUAUCUACCUCUGGAACUGGAAUGACAAAAUUGUUAUUUCUGAUAUUGACGGAACAAUCACAAGAUCUGAUGCCUUGGGACAUAUCUUACCCACACUUGGUAAGGAUUGGACGCAUCAUGGCAUAGCAAAGCUUUACCACAAAGUUAGCCAAAAUGGGUACAAGUUCCUGUAUUGCUCAGCACGUGCUAUUGGGAUGGCUGAUAUGACUCGAGGAUAUUUACACUGGGUUAAUGAGAAGGGAACUGUGUUGCCAAAAGGCCCUUUAUUGCUAUGUCCUAGUAGUGUGUUCUCAGCAUUGCACAGAGAAGUAAUUGAAAAGAAGCCUGAAAAGUUCAAGAUCCACUGCCUAACAGACAUCAGAAAUCUCUUUCAUCCAAAUAAAGAACCCUUCUAUGCUGCUUUUGGAAACCGAUCUAAUGAUGUUUAUUCUUAUAAACAAGUUGGUGUCCCAAUAAACAGAAUUUUUACCGUCAAUCCUAAAGGUGAACUAAUACAGGAACAUGCGAAGACCAAUGUAUCAUCUUACGUAAGGCUGAGUGAAAUAGUCGAUCACGUGUUCCCUCUGCUGAAGAGAGAGCAUUCCUCUGACUUCCCUUGUUCGGACACCUACAGCCAAUUCACGUACUGGAGGGAGCAGCUGCCAGCUGUGGAGAACCGGGACCUUCAAACUUCCUCAAGUUAAACACGACUGCGUGAUGAAUUGAUUUUUGUAGCUUAAAGGCAGGCAU